AUGGUACCGGCUCAGCCCGGCCACGUGGUCGCUAUGGUAACUGGAGUGGGUCACCGGGUCCUGGUAGGCUGGGCGCAUGCGCGGGCUGGUGAGCGGCGCGGAGCGCUGGCGGGCCCCUCAGUUACCCUAGACAUGGCGCUGAGGCGACGGCAAGCGCUGCGGGUCUGUGCCCGGCUACCCGACCUUUUCCUGCUGCUGCUUUUUCGGGGCUGCUUGAUAGGGGCAGUGAAUCUCAAAUCCAGCAAUCGAAACCCAGUGGUACAAGAAUUUGAAAGUGUGGAACUGUCUUGUAUCAUUACGGACUCACAGACAAAUGACCCCAGGAUUGAGUGGAAGAAAAUCCAAGAUGAACAAACAACAUAUGUGUUUUUUGACAAUAAGAUUCAAGGGGAUCUGGCGGGUCGUGCAGAACUGUUGGGGAAAACUUCCCUGAAGAUCUGGAAUGUGACACGAACAGAUUCAGCCCUCUAUCGCUGUGAGGUUGUUGCUCGAAAUGACCGAAAAGAAAUUGAUGAGAUUACUAUUGAGUUAAUUGUGCAAGUGAAGCCAGUAACCCCUGUCUGCAGAGUACCGAAGGCUGUGCCUGUAGGCAAGACCGCAACACUCCAGUGCCAAGAGAGCGCGGGCUAUCCCCGGCCUCACUACAGCUGGUACCGCAACGAUGUGCCGCUGCCCACAGAUUCCAGGGCCAACCCCAGAUUUCGCAAUUCCUCUUUUCUCUUAAACUCUGAGACAGGCACUCUGGUUUUCAGUGCUGUUCACAAGGAGGACUCUGGGCAGUACUACUGCAUUGCUUCUAAUGAUGCAGGGUCAGCCAGGUGUGAGGAACAGGAGAUGGAAGUCUAUGACCUGAACAUUGCUGGAAUUAUUGGGGGGGUUCUGGUCGUCCUGGUCGUCCUGGCCCUGAUAACAUUAGGCAUCUGCUGUGCAUAUAGACGUGGCUACUUCAUCAACAGUAAACAGGAAGGAGAAAGUUACAAGAGCCCAGGGAAGCCUGAUGGAGUUAACUAUAUCAGGACGGAUGAGGAGGGCGACUUCAGACACAAGUCAUCGUUUAUGAUCUGAGACCUGGCUGUGUGGCUGAGUGAGCACACCCAAAUACCUCUACCAGAAGCUCCUGCCAGGGCAGCAGUGAGCCGCAUGCACUUGGACAGAGCUAGACACCGUGCAGAAGCUUAUUGUUCUGGCCAAAGUUGACCGCUACUCCUUUCUUACUCUUAACAAGCCACACAAAUAAAAGAAUCUUCAAGAUGGGCACAGGAACCACUGGGACAAGAAUCAGAAUGAGUUCAGUGAGUUGGGUCCUGUCUGUUGUAGGCCCAAUUUCCACAUGGGUAGUAGGGUGAUUUUAAAGGUUUUGGUGACAUCAGCUUUCCUGGGCUGGGCAGCAGCAGUGGCAGUGUGAGUGUAGCAAGAGCCUGGAGACAGCACACUAUGCCUGGCUCCAUAGGCCCUGGACCCCGCUGUGCUCUUUUCCUAAGGCUCUGGUGAUCAGUGUUGUAUCUGUCCUGGAGAAUCUUUUUCCAUCAGCAUUUUAUAAAAACCAAAAUCAGGAUGACGACUGUUUGCUACAAGAGGGCUGUUCUUACCCUAGGAACCCUUGCUUGCCCAAGAGGGUGUCGGGAUCUAAAGAAGAAAACCCUUGUCUUAGGCCAAGUCUGAAAUGGUACUAAAGUAUGCUUUUCUGUGGGUCUUGCUUAUUUUAUAAGA